AUGGACGUGUUCCCUGCUUGCACGGUCACGAGAGCCAUGCGGGAGGCUGGCCGUGUCGGGAACGACCCUCCCACGGCAGCUCGUGCGAGUCGGUGCGUGUUUGUUAAAGGCAAGGUAUGUAGUGAUGGAAAUGACGUGAGAGGUGGUGAUAAAGCUUCAAUAUGUAGCCACGAGACUGAUGCUGGUGAUGACAAGCUGAGUGGCUUCCCCGUUGAUAAAGGGAGGCUUGUAGAUCAGCAAAAACUGUGUAAGAUUGCUGAAUUAGCUGGGUCAGAAAAUGAUGUGUUAGAUAUACCUGCGGGUUAUUAUAAGAAGGGUGGCGUCUUGAUGAGAAAGUGGAGGCCUCGUCACGUGGGUGCGGGAGAUGAAUGGCAAGUGAUACACCAGAUCGUUGUCCCAACACCUUACAGGUCACAGAUCCUUAGCCUUGCUCAUGAUUCACCAUUGUCAGGUCAUAUGGGUAUUAUCAAAACGUGUAGAAAAAUAAUGAACCAUUUCUAUUGGCCGGGGUUACGUAGAGAUGUUGCAAAUUAUUGUAAAUCGUGUCAUCAGUGCCAGGUCGUGGGAAAACCUAACCUGAAGAUCCCUGUAGCGCCCUUGUAUCCGAUUCCUGCGAUCUCUGAUUUUAGUCACGUAAUUAUAGACUGUGUUGGCCCGCUCCCCAAAACAAAGUCCGGUAAUAAUUACCUCCUCACUAUAAUGUGUUCUUCCACCCGAUAUCCUGAGGCGAACCCUGUACUUAAGAUUAGUAGCAAGACAAUAGUCAAAGAACUCACUAAAUUCUUCUGCACAUACGGGAUACCCCGGGUGAUCCAGUCCGAUCAAGGCAGUAAUUUACUCUCUAAAGCGUUUCAGACAGCUAUGCAAGGGAUGGGCGUACAGCAUCGUGUGUCAAGCGCGUAUCACCGAGAGUCGCAGGGCGCGCUGGAGAGAUUCCACCAAACAUUGAAAAAUAUGGUUCGCAUUUACUGUCAUGAGACAGACGAGCAGGGGGAUGAAAUGGUUCUGCUCUUAUUGUUUGCCGCUAGAGAAUGUGUACAGGAUACACUGGGGUUUAGCCCGUUUGAGCUUGUGUUCGGGCAUGAGGUGAGGGGUCCACUAAAGAUGUUGAAGGAGAGAUGGCUAGAUAAUGAUAAUAGGUCUGAUAUAUUAAACCAUGUAAUGGACUUUCGUUACAAACUCCACAGAGUAUGUGAGCUGGCAAGAGCGAACCUCAGUGAGGCCCAGAGACGGAUGAAGGCGUGGUACGACAGAGAUGCUCAAUCACGAUCUUUUUCACCAGGAGAAAAAGUACUGGUCUUCCUACCCGUCCCUGGGCAGUCACUGAAGGCGCGUUAUUUUGGACCUUGUAUCGUGGAGAAAAAGCUAAGUGAUCUUAAUUAUGUAAUUCAGACUCCCGGUAAGCGUAAACAGUCACGGCUAUGUCAUGUUAAUCAGAUAAAGAAAUAUGUAAAACGCAUUGACCCGCAUGUAGAUGAACUAUUCAAUCAUGUUGAAUGGUAUAAUAAGUGUGCAGCAGCUUACUCUGGGAUUAGUGGUGAUAGUGGCCCAGUAAAGCAACAUCCAUAUAGAGUAAAUCCCACAAAAGGUAAGCAGAUGAAGGAUGAGGUUCGGUCUAUGUUGGAAAACGGAAUCAUUGAGCCCAGUUUGAGUGCCUGGAGUUCCCCAUGUAUACUAGUACCCAAGGCUGAUGGUGGAAUUCGCUUCUGCACGGAUUUUCGGAAGGUAAAUAAGCUAACAAGGGACGAUUCCUAUCCUAUACCUCGUAUUGAUGAUUGCAUUGAUCAGGUGGGCAAGGCCAAGUUUGUAACCAAGGUAGAUAUGUUAAAGGGAUACUGGCAAAUCCCCAUGACAGAAAGAGCGAAAGAAAUAUCUGCAUUUGUGACACCAGAUGGACUCUUUCAAUACUGUGUAAUGCCGUUUGGUUUUAAAACAGCCACCGCAACCUUCCAGCGUUUAAUUAAUGGUCUAAUUUCUGGACUAGAUGGAUGUAAAGCUUACCUGGAUGAUACAAUAAUUUACAGUGAAAACUGGGUGGAACAUCUGGAGAGGCUGCAGGCACUGUUUGAGAGGCUCGUGACAGCGAACCUAACGGUAAACCUUGCCAAGAGUGACUUCGCACAUGCACGUGUAACUUACCUGGGAUAUGAAGUUGGUCAGGGACAGGUCAAGCCUUUGGAUAGUAAGAUAGAUGCAAUAGAAAAGUACCCAGUACCCAAGUCCAAGAGAGAGGUGAUGAGGUUCCUCGGCAUGGCUGGCUACUACAGGAGGUUUGUGAUUAAUUUUUCUGAUAUUGUUGCACCACUGACUGACUUGUUAAAGAAAGGGGUUAAAUUUAUUUGGUCAAAUUCAUGUGAAAAGGCAUUUAAGACCAUCAAAGCCAUGCUGACGUCUUCACCCAUCCUCAUCUCACCCGACUUUGAGAAGGGUUUCAUCCUGUAUGUAGACGCUAGUGACAUAGGUGCUGGUGCCGUGUUAUGUCAGGCUGAUGCAGCUGGUGUUGAUCAUCCAAUGUGUUAUUUCUCCAAGAAAUUUAACAAGCAUCAGAGAAAUUACUCUACAAUAGAGAAAGAAACUCUUGCUUUGAUUUUAGCUUUAAGGCACUUUGAAAUUUACUUGUAUCCUACUAAGGAAGCUGUAAAGAUUUAUACAGACCAUAAUCCUUUAACUUUUAUAUCUAAAAUGAGCUUUCGCUCCCCAAAGUCACCGGAUGCCCGAUAUAACCCGGGGUUGCAUAUAUCGCUUAUAAAUCUAUGCUCUGAUGUUAUCAUAAAACCAAAUUUCUUCGUUCGAUCAGCAACUUUCAAGUCAAUACCUGUAAAGAAUGCCAUGAGCGCCUAUCAAAGAUACACAGUGGAGAGCAGGUUAUUUCCAGAUUUUCCCAGCUCGUUCAAUUCACUUCAUUUCGUGACGAUAAUUGGUUCAAGUAAAUCUUUGCAGAUUACCGUGUCGUUUCCCGUAUCUACUCUUAUGUCUAUCAGAGAUGAUUUACCUGGCCGUGAUCUGCGAGGACGUGUGGACGAGUACGCCGUCGAGUUAGACCUGGCCGAGAUCUGCGAGCACGUGUGGACGAGUACGCCGUCGAUCAAGGAGGACCUGUGCGAGACCUUCGAAGUGUGUACGUUGAGGACGGAUGGGUUCCCCAAGGACCAGGAAGAAGAGGAGGACGACAAGGACGAGCUGCUAGAAAGAUGGAUCAAGGACAACGCACGCAAUUUAGUACCAUCACACCUGCGAGGACUGCGAGGACAAUUAUAUCUGACCAUGUCUAACCCACCCUUGCCAGUAAAAUAUAAGUUUAAGCUUGUGUAG